AGACGGGCUUUCAGGAUAGGCAAAGAAGUAGGAAGUUCAAUUCCGACACAUUUUGAGCCAUGGCGGCUGUUUUCCCUGCGAAUCAGGUGAUUGUGGUGGGCGGUGGCCUGGCCGGCAUGUCUGCGGCCAACACUGUGGUGGAGCUGGGUGGCCGCAGCUUGCUGCUGGACAAGUCCUCCUUCUGCGGUGGCAACAGCACCAAGGCCACCAGUGGCAUCAACGGCGCUGGCACGAAGACGCAGAAGACCAAGUCCAUUCCUGACAAUGCGGAGAUUUUCAUUGCCGACACGCUCAAGGGUGGAGCCAAGAAGCCUGAGCUGGCAAAGGUGCUGUGUGCCAACAGCGCGGCCGAUGUGGAUUGGUUGGUGGACAAGUUCGACCUUGACCUCUCCUUGGUGGCUCGCUUGGGCGGACACUCUCAGCCCCGUACCCAUCGUGGUAAGGAGCGCUUCCCGGGCAUGACCAUCACCUAUGCCUUGAUCCAGAUGUUGGAGAAGGUGGCCGAGAAGACGAACCGUGCACGCAUCAUCACCAAGGCGGAGGUCUUCAAGUUGGUCCAGAGUGGACGUUCGGUGGUGGGGUGCGAGUACCGCAAAGCUGGCAAGGUUGUGAAGGAGUUCGGCCCCAUGGUCUUGGCCUCUGGCGGCUUUGGCGCCGACUUCGGCAGCGACUCCCUGCUGGCCACCUACCGUCCGGACCUGCUGCAUUUGCCCACCACGAAUGGUGAGCACUGCACCGGGGAUGCCAUCAAGAUGGGCGAAGCCAUUGGAGCGGCGACCAUCGAUUUGGAGUGGGUCCAGGUGCACCCCACCGGCCUGGUGAAGCCGGAUGACCCCGAUGCCAAGGUGAAGUUUUUGGCCGCCGAGGCCCUGCGUGGUGUGGGUGGCCUGGUCUUGGAUGCCAAUGGCCAGCGCUUCUGCAACGAGCUGGGUCGCCGGGACUAUGUCACCGGAGAGAUGUGGAAGAAGAACAAGCCUCCUUUCCGCCUUUGCUUGAACCGUGCUGCCGCAGAUGAGAUUAUUUGGCAUGCCAAGCACUACACUGGGCGAGGAGUGAUGAAGUUCUACCCCUCCGGGGAGGACUUGGCCAAGGACAUGGGGGUUCCUCUUCAGACCUUGGUUGACACGCAUCAGAAGCACUUCGAAGCGGCCAAGAAGCAAGAGAAGGACCCGGAUGGCGGCAACUUCCCCGCUUACCCCUCGGGCAAGACCUGGGACGAACCCAGCGGCAAGACCGGGAGCGGGAAGAAGUUCUUCCACAACAUCAUUGACGGAUCGAAGGUCGCCACGGAGCCCUUUUAUGUUGCUAUCAUCACCCCCGUUAUUCAUUACUGCAUGGGCGGUUUGGAAUGCACUGUGGAUGCUGAAUGCAUCGACAAGAGCGGCAAAGCGAUUCCUGGACUCUAUGUGGCGGGUGAGGCGGCUGGCGGCAUCCACGGCAACAACCGCUUGGGUGGCAACUCCUUGCUGGACUGUGUGGUCUUCGGCCGUGUGGCGGGCAAGGCCGCCUGCAAGUUCACCUUCGGGAAGGACGAGAAGUUCAAACCCUGUCCUGUGCCCAGCGAGCUCAAGGAGCUGACCAAGUGAGUGGCACCGUCUUCGACUUGUGGAGACGUCCAAUCCUUUUUUCUUUGACCGCCCAUGUGGGCGGCUGAGGGCGAGAAGGCCCCCUCUGUAGGGGGACGCUCCAGCGUUGAUUUCUGAGCACUUCUGCGGAUCUUAGCCUUCGUUCGUCGUACGUUUCCGAGCAGCGGAGUUGCUAACA